CCACAACUUCAGCCCCAAUAGUGAUAUAGAUCCUUCGAUGAACCAGGCCUUCGUGGCGAGUCUAAGGAGUGUCUGUCCCUUGCACAACAAGUUCUCAGGUUAUGUCCUUGAGCAUUCAGCUUACCAUCAUGGUGAACAGAGUCUCAUGAGUACCAUUAUUGGAAUGGCACAAGAUUAUUAGGCAGUAACAACAUAAACCUUUUCCAACCAAAUGGUCAAUUUGGCACAUGGCACCAGGGAGGCAAACAUCAUGCAAGUGUAAGGUACAUCUAUACCCGCCUGUCUCCCAUCACAAGAUUCCUUUUUCCCAAGGAUGAUGAUAUCCUCCUUGACUACUUGAAUGAAGAUGGGCAGUCCAUUGAACCCACUUGGUACAUGCCAAUUGUACCUAUGGUUCUAGUUAAUGGAAGUGAAGGAAUUGGGACUGGGUGGAGCUCCUACAUUCCUAACUAUAACCCAAGGGACAUUGUUGCAAAUAUAAGGCGUUUGUUGAAUGGUGAACUAUGGAGGCCAUGGGUCCAUGGUACAAAGGCUUUAGGGGAUUGAUUGAGAAAACUGCAACAAAGGAAGCUGGGUCCAGCUACACUGUUAGUGGGAUCAUUGAGGAAAUUAAUGAGACAACACUCAGAAUUAUAGAGUUACCUAUCCGUAGAUGGACUCAGGAUUACGAGGAGUUCUUGGUGUCAAUAAUGACGGGGAGUGAUAAAAUCAAGGAGCCAUUUAUUAAGGAUUACAGGGAGCACAACGAUGGCACAACAGUACACUUUGGAGUAAUCCUGUCUGAGGAGAACUUGCUGGCAGCCAAGCAAGAGGGUCUGAUGAAAAAGUUUAAGCCCACCACUACAAUCAGCACAAGCAACAUGCACCUAUUUGAUCCGAAAGGCGUGAUUAAGAAAUAUGACAACCCAGAACAGAUUCUCGAGUUCUUUUAUUUGAGACUAGAAUUUUAUGAGAAGAGAAAGGUGAGUUGGUUGAAAAAAAAAAAUUCCCGCAGAAAGUGCUAUUGGACAAUCUUGAAUUGGAUUUAUUGAAACUGGAUAACAAGGUCAGGUUCAUCCUCGGGGUUGUGAAAGGAGAGAUUAUUGUCAACAACAGGAAGAGAGCCGAUCUAUUCCUCGAAUUGCAGCAGAAAGGUUUCACUCCAUUUCCAAAGAAAACCAAGACAGUUGAGGUGGCAGUGGCUGGUGCUACUGAAGAUGCAGAGGAAAAUGAAGAAAACUCAGAAGUUGUCAGCAGCAAAGGUGUACGAGCCAGCGAUUAUGAGUAUCUUCUGUCAAUGGCAAUUGGAACCCUGACACUGGAGAAGGUUCAGGAGCUCUGUGCGGAUAGAGUUAAGCUCAACCAUGAAGUUGAUGAGCUUUGCAAACUUGAUAUUCUGGUGUUGCUAGUGAUCAGGCACCUCUAAUUGGUGUUGCCAGUGAUCAGGCUCCGAGUUUGACCUUGUAAAACUACAGAAAUUUGAUCCUUGGUGAAAUUGUCCUUCAUGAAAAUUUAUCAAUUACCUUGCCAAUCUAUGAAAUCAUUUCAAGUCUGAUUAGGUGUCAUUAUUUGUAAUUGAAAUUACCUUGUAAAUUCUUUUACAAA